ACCAAAAACGUUCAGUUGUUGAGCUAAAACCGAAUUCAACAGUUCGCGUUUAGUUCUGUACUGGCAUUCCGAAAACCAAAUCGAAGGUCGAUUGAUUUUGUAGAAGACUGUAAAAAAACGCCGAUUUUGCUGGAAUUAUGUUUAGGUUUCUUAAGACUCUCAGUUUUCUGCUGAUAGGUCUGAGUUUUUGUCUGACCAAGUCAGAGAAAAUUCUUCGAGUAAAACGUCAGGCCAACAAGCUUCAUAUAACCUUGCUGUAUGAGUCACUGUGUCCUGACAGUCGAAAUUUUAUGGACCAAUUGGGACCAGUUUAUGAAGAGCUCCAUCAGUUUCUGGAUAUUGAUUUGGUACCAUUUGGCAAGAGCGAAUCAAGGGUAGACCCGAAUUCAAAUGAAAUAACAUUCCGUUGCCAACAUGGUCCCCCUGAGUGUCAGGGCAAUCGUCUGCAAAGCUGCGUGCUCAACUCUACUAAAAAUCAAGCAGCUCAAGUGAAAUUCGUAAUAUGCCAAAUGCUGGCCCUUGACUACUCCAGUGUGGAUCAGUGUGCACGCGAGGCGAAUAUCUUAACCGAUGUCGACAAUUGUGUCAACUCAGAAACGGGCACUAAACUCCAAUUGCAGGCAGAGCUAGUGACCAAAUUGUACCAGCCAACAUUUAUUCCAACAAUCGUGUAUAAUGGCGUAUUUAAUCGGCAACUGCAGGAACAUUCACUCCGGAACUUUAGAGCUACUGUUUGCUAUAUGUUACGACAACAAAAUCUGCUAAGCCCGGAUGAAAGUGUGUGCCAGUGAGACAACUUUAUGAAAAGUGGAUUUCCUCCGGAAACUCCAACUACCUUGGACAACCGUAUACAACCAACUGCCACACAAUUUAUUGACAAAAAAUACAGUGAAAUAAAAAUAAAAGAAAUGUACACAUUGUCAAAAAUAACUAAGUACAUCCUUCAAAACAUUCUUUUUG